AAGAAUCUAAAAAUAACCUAUCUGAUAGUAUUGAAAAAAUUUUAUCUGCUCUUAAUAAUCCUAAUGAUUUGGGUUUAAUUCAUAUUUAUCUUCAUUUUAUUUCAAUUUAUUCACAAGAUCGAUUAGAACAACUACUAGCUUAUCUUCAAUCAAAUCGUAAUUCUGAUUCUUUUUCUGCAGAAUUAGAUAACACAAUUUGUCAAAAUAAGGGUGAUUCUUUAGAAUUUUAUCCUAUAUUCCGUAAAGCAUUUGAAAUUGCAUUUAAAAAAUAUGAUUUCCACAUUAAUACUCAUCCUUCGUAUCUUUUAUUCAAAGCAUGUCAAAUAUUUGAUCCUUCUUAUAUUUGUUUUG